ACUUUGAAAUCAAACUUGCGGUCACGCUGCUGAUUGCUUUUUGUUGCUUGUUGUUGUUGGUUGGAAAAUACAAUUAAAAAUUGAUUUCGCUAUUUAAAUAUUCAACGCAUCAAGCGCUACUCAACAACAAAAAAUAACAACGCGACGGGAGGCGGCGGCAAAUAACCGAAGCAUAAAAAAAGAAGAAAAAUUUGCAAGGUGUUUGUGUGUGCGCGUAUAAGUGUGUGUGUGACAACGACGACUUUGCUGUGCUGCUUGUGCUGCUUCUUUCUGGUGCGUGCGCGCUGUCGCAGGGGACCAACUACUAACACACACUCAUCAAGGAAUUGCAAUCGUAUUGGUUGGUGUAUCCUUUGGCAUUUCUGCGAGCUUGGUUGUUGGUUGGGAGACGUACAAGCGAAAGAAAAAUCGCUUUUACCAAAUAAUACAAAACAAGUGCAGCUUAAGUCAGCAAAUUUUCAAAAGCAAAAAGCCACACUACCAACAUAAUGGAGAAGAGAAUAGAAUUGGAAAGACGCGCACGGAAAACAAACCAGAUCACAGAGCUGAAUCUGGACAACUGCAGGAGUACAAGCAUUGUUGGCCUUACAGAUGAAUACACCGCCUUGGAAUCAUUAAGUUUGAUCAACGUGGGCCUUACGACACUCAAAGGUUUCCCCAAGUUACCCAAUUUAAAGAAGUUGGAACUGUCCGACAAUAGAAUUUCGAGUGGCCUCAACUAUCUCACGACCAGCCCAAACAUACAAUACUUGAAUUUGUCUGGCAAUAAAAUCAAGGAUCUGGAAACAUUGAAACCCUUGGUGGAAUUCAAAAAUCUGGCUGUCUUGGAUCUAUUCAAUAACGAUGCCACCCAAGUGGACAAUUACCGCGAGAAAAUCUUCAAGAUGUUGCCGUCUUUAAACUUUCUGGAUGGAUUCGAUGCCAAUGAUGUGGAAGCACAGUCGGAUGGCGAUGAUGAUGAUGAGGUCAAUGGCAAUGACUCCGAAGAUGAAGAUGGCCGCAGUGCAUUCUGUUUAAAUGGUUUAGAGAUCGAUUUAGACGAGCUCGAGGUAUUGGAGCAGCGUGUAAAGGCCAAGAAACAGUUGCAGGAAGCGUCGGCAGCGGCAGCGUCGACGGAAGACGAUGCAACUAGUGCCAACAAUGCCAGCACGUCCAACCUGCCUGACAAAGAUGAAGUUGAUGAAUUAGAUGAAUAUUUAAAAGAAUUGCAAUUGAGGGAAGCAAGCCAAGCUGUCAUUAAGUGCAAUCCUGAAACUAGAGACACCACCUCCAAUUCAAGCACAAAUUUUGCAAUAUUACUCUAUUGGUUUUUAGCAAUAUUAAAUCUGGCAAAUGCCACCUAUUUUUCGGGCGAUGAUGACGAUGAGGAAGGCGACAGCGACGAUAGCGACGAGGAAGACAAUGGCGAUGUAGCGCUCUCGGAGGUCUAUAAUGAUGAUCUAGAGGAAGACAAUUCCGAUUGGGAAGAAGGCGAGGGCGGCGAUGACGAUGAGGAUGAGGAUUCGGAUAUUGAUGAAGCCGAUGGUGAGGCAAACGAAUCGGCCGCAUCAAUCAAUGCCAAUGAAAAGGAUGGUGAUAAGCCAGAUGAAUCGCAAGCCAGGGGCAAGAAGAGAAAGCAUGAUGGUUAAAAAGAAGUGUAUGGAUCUACAAGUGUAUCGUCUUUGUACGUUAUAAAUUUAAAAAAAUAAAACACAACAAACACUCACACAUACAGCAACAAGAACACACAUCAUAUUUUGAUAAAAACAAACAAAAAAGCAAAAUAAAAAAGUAAACUUAAAGAUAAAAUAAAAAGAAGGGUCCCAUUAGAAAAACCAACAUUUGUUUCGUUACAUUUUAAGCUAAAAAAAAAUAUUCUAAAAAAGAAAAACAAAACAAGAAAAAUGCAUACAAACAAAAUGUAAUAAUCAAAGGAAAUACAUCAGCAAAAUAAAAACAUAAUAAUUUUAAGCAAAACACUAAAAACUCAAUACACACCGACAACACAAAACUAAAGAAAUCAAAUCCAAAAUUUAUAAGUUUUACACCAACACAAACACAAGAUAGAGUUCCAGUAUAUGAUUAUUUCGAUUAUUGUAAAAUUGCUUAGCAUUAAGUUAAGAACAAGGUUAUCAAUUAUAUGAUUACAUAAUGACAGAAUUUUUUAAAUGUUAAAUUUGAACAAAAAGAAGAACGGAAUUUGCGAAACUUGCGCCUCAAAUAUUAUUGCAUUACAUUUAAUCAUUUUUGUAUUAGUUGCUGCUUAUUAUUCGGUUUCAAGUUACCAAAACAACUACCACGACAUAUUUGCUGCUAAGAAGGAUUUUUACUAACUCUUAAGUCAUUCCUUUUGAAUAUAUACAUUAACUACACAUUUAAUUAGUUAAGAACACUUAUAAUUUAUACUUCCUUAUAAACAAAUCAAAUCUAAACAGCUCUAUAUUCAUUGUUACCCAUCCACACACACACAUAUAUUUGUUUACGAUUAAGUACUAUGCGUAACAUUAUUAUCAUACAGAUUGUUUCCAAUUCUUCAAAAGCAGUAGCAUGUUCUAAUAAUUAUCGCAAGUAAAAUGCAAUACAAAUGUUUUAGACAAAA